AGUUUGUUUCCUCUGCUCUCUUAUGGUUCUUUUUGUGUCUAUUUAUUCAAGCUCUCUAAUGGGGUUUCUUAGCUGCUGGUUCUAUUGUCUAGGGUUUGUUUCUAAAUCCACAUUGGAUAUCAUUUACUUCUAGUUUCUAUGUUUAAGAAACCCUCUUGGUGAGGAAAUGGAUCUUUGACUUGUGUUACCAAUUGGGUCUGUUCUUUGUUCUGUUUUCUUUCUAGGGUUCUCAUUUUAGGCGUUGUUGUUUAAUCUCUUGAUCAUAUGAUUCCUAAUUUUGUAAGUCAUGUUCUGUUGCUUCAAUGAUUUGUAGCUGUUUCUGAAAUUCAAUCCAGACUAGAAGUUAGAUCCAUUCUUGUACUUUCAUAAAGUAAAAAUACUUUUGCAUAAUCUGUUCAGCUUAAAAUAUGAAAAACUGGAUGCGCGCAUCUGGAAAUUUGGCUCAUACCAGGUUUAAAAUCCAUCAUUUUGGUUGUUCCAUAGAAUCUGAUGCGCAGUUGAUGGUGUAGAUCGUGGUACGAAUUAUCUUGUAACUGGCAUUUAGGCGUUAAUCAGAGUUUUGUGUUUCUUUGAGUGAUGUCAUUUCGUAGUAUAGUCCGUGAUGUUAGAGAGGGGUUUGGAAGUUUAUCGAGGCGUAGUUUUGAGUUCAGACUACCUGGUCACCAUAGAGGUAAAUCUCAUGGAUCAGUCCAUGAUCUGCUCGAUCAACCUCUGGUAAUUCAGUCCAGUCGAUGGGCUAGCCUUCCACCUGAGCUAUUGCGGGAUGUUGUCAUGAGAUUGGAGGAGAGUGAGAGCGUGUGGCCUGCUCGCAGGAAUGUUGUUGCUUGUGCUGCUGUUUGUAGGUCAUGGAGGGAUAUGUGCAAAGAGAUCGUAAAAACUCCCGAGUUCUCUGGGAAAAUUACGUUCCCUGUCUCCUUAAAGCAGCCCGGGACUCGCGAUGGAACGAUGCAAUGCUUCAUUAAGAGGGACAAAUCUAAUUUGACAUACCACCUUUACCUUUGCCUUAGUACUGCUUUACUUGUUGAUAAUGGGAAGUUUCUUCUUUCUGCGAAAAGAACAAGGAGAACGACUUGCACUGAGUACAUGAUUUCCAUGGAUGCGGAUAAUAUAUCAAGAUCGAGCAACACCUACAUUGGAAAACUAAGGUCGAAUUUUCUAGGGACCAAAUUUAUUAUCUAUGAUACACAGCCUCCAUACAACAAUGCCCAGAUUUCCCCCCCAGGCCAUAGUCGUAGAUUCUACUCGAAAAAAGUUUCUCCGAAGAUCCCAUCCGGUAGCUAUAAUAUUGCUCAAGUCUCCUAUGAGCUGAACGUUCUUGGCACUAGAGGCCCCCGAAAGAUGCAUUGCACAAUGCACUCCAUCCCCAUCUCAUGUCUUGAGCCCGGUGGCACUGUUCCUGGCCAGCCCCAAGUCGUCACUCGACUCCUUGGUGAUUCGUUUCGAAGUAUAUCGUUUUCGAAGUCUGUAUUAAACUCUACAGAGUUCAGUAGUUCCCGCUUCUCUGAUAUCGUUGGUUCACGGGAUGAAGAUGAAGCGGGGAAGGAGAGGCCAUUGAUUCUUAGGAAUAAGCCACCGCGGUGGCACGAGCAGUUGCAGUGUUGGUGCCUUAAUUUCAGGGGACGAGUAACCGUUGCAUCUGUUAAAAACUUCCAACUGAUCGCUUCAACAGAGGCUUCUUCUUCUACAGCUACAAACCAACACGCACAAUCUUCCCAGUCCGACCACGACAAGAUCAUUCUUCAAUUCGGGAAGGUCGGGAAGGACAUGUUUACAAUGGAUUACCGAUAUCCAUUGUCUGCAUUUCAAGCUUUUGCUAUCUGUUUGAGUAGCUUUGACACCAAGUUGGCUUGUGAAUAAGUAGAAUCAACUGACCCAUGUCAUGCUUUCCUUCUUCCAAAUAGAUUGUGUUUAGUUCUGUAAAAAUCGCCUGUCUCAUAAAAUUUGUAGAACAAUGUGUGCACCCUAAAGAAUUGACUUUCUCCCCUGCCCCUCUGACCCAGCUUUAAUUCCUAUUGCUUAGUUUGUUGUUCGGUAUCGAAUGUUGGGAAUGUGAAUAUAGUUCCAUGUCAA